AUGGAUAUCCUAGGCGUGUCGGUCGGAGCGGUCUCGCUUGUUACUUUAUUCAAGACAUGUCUGGCUCUUUUCGAGACGUUUGAGAACGGCAGAAACCUAGGAAUGGACUACGAAAUUUUGUCUACAAAAGUCGGCAUUGAGCGCGUUCGUCUCGCGCUCUGGGGAGAUGCCGUGGGUCUCCUGAGACUGGCUCCGGACCAGGAAAAGAAUGUCGACCGGGGAGAUGACGCGGAUCCUCGACUGGGCGAGCCGCGUAUGAUCAGGGCUGUUUCUGAUAUUCUGAAUUGUAUGCGACGGCUGUUCGAAGACAGUGCCGCGCUCACAAGGAGAUACGGUUUACAGGCGACAACAACUGGAAAGAUUCCCACCAGUGUCGGGGAGAAUGCGUUGGCUGCAACAUUCCACAAGACAUAUGCCCGUCUGCACGCAUCUGCUUCUCGGAUUCAACGAAGCUCAUCUUUGGUCGCAGCGGCGAGAUGGGCUAUCAAGGACAAGAAGCAGUUUGAGCGGUUUGUUGAAAAUCUCCGCAGCUUCAACGAUAGCCUGGCUCUCCUGUUCCCGGAUAUCGAUGAAGAUUCGCGUCAGGUCAUGGCAGAUGAGAUAAAGGAGUCGACAGACCUGAACGGUCUCCAGAUCGUCGAACAGGCCGUCUCUGACUUGGAAGGAGGGGAACCGCUGGUAGAAGCGGCCAGCGUCCGCAUUACCCAGCUAUCCCAGUACUCUCAAAGCAUUGCCGAAGCCCAAUGUGCGCAAACGGACGAUAGUGUUGCCGACAUUGAUGUGCACCGUCUUACCAGACAACUCGGGGUGCUAGACGCCUCGAUGAGCAAGCGAGUUGAGCUACGAGGAGGGCUGCAGUUUAGCCUCGCCGGGAUCGUGGGAGGUGAUUGUUUCGCCGAAUACUCCUUCUAUGGUAUGGACAGUAAUGACUAUUUGGUGGAAAAACAUAAGGAGGCCCAGUAUGUCAAACAUUCCUGUCUGGCGUGGUCGUUGAUGUACAUGUCCGACAGGAAAAGACACGACCAGGCUGAUUUCAGCCGACAGGAUACGGAAUGUCAUCGUCUCUACGAAGGGAGACUCCCCGGUACACGAAGCAUUGGUGGUUACAUAGCCGACUUCAACAUGUGGAUCCGAGCCAACAAUCCCAAAACAGAGCAAUUCUCCAACACCCUGCACUCCCUGCCGGACGUCGCAUUUGAGGAUCUAGUUGAGCGGGUGCGCCGCAUACAGCUUCAAGGCGACCGGUUUUGGAGUGCCGACGAGCGCUCAGCAAGCAACAAUCUAGAAGAGCUUAUCGGUCCCGCACGCAUGGGGUCCACGAUGCCAGACCAAGUGACAGAAAUACUCUACACCCUCAAUCGCCGCAGAGACUUUCCAGACGUGCUCGAUGGCGCCUCACUGGCCACUAUCGCGCUCGGUACAUCCGAUAGUCUUUACAACUUUCUACUACAGGUAAUACUGGCCUACGAACUACGGAUGCGCAUGCAGCGGCUAUCCGAUAUUGGAUUUGGCAAUGUCAGUCCCCGCAUUGUCGCCGCUAUGCACGCCUCGGAGCGAUGGCUCGACGGCAUCCAGGUCAAGUUGCCCGAUCCGAAUGAUAACAGCGUUGAACUGCAUAGUCUCGUACAUGAACGCCAGGUUGAAGGACUCAUUCGCUUCGCCGAAAUCAUGGCUUGGCCAGCUCUUGGAGAGAUGCGUAUCUUUGCAGAGGAAGCCUAUGCCAGUAUCAGAAGGGGCAUGGCCAGCAGCACACAUCUUUGGGACUGGCUAUAUGGCCUCAUGCUGCCUGGGCAAGGCUUCAUUUUUGCGAUUAUGGCUGCGCUAGUUGCAGCCACUCCAAGUUUACGGCACCUGGAGGCCGCCGAGCAUUACACUUCGGGACUAGUCCUCAAAGACCGGUCGUAUUGGCGGGCAAAAACGGUGUUUGGCCGUGUCCUCGGCGGGAUGAAAGGGGUCAGAGCGGCCAAUGGCUGGGUUGGGCCAUGCCCAGCUCCGGAGGAUGUCCGAGGGGCGUCGCUCAAGGAGGGCUGGUGGCGUGUCCACGCGAGAGAUGCUGCCUUUACCCGCUUCACGAACCAAGAUCAACCAGCGGAGGUGCGCCGGUUCCCUCCGUUCCAGAGUUGCGAGGACAGUUCCAGUGCGGCAGAAUGGAUUCGGGGCUUGGGCAACCGUUCAGAAUGGGCAGUACCUAUCGGACCGUCUGAAUCGUCAGAUCAUGUCGAGUUCCGUGCCCUCCAUUUCCAAAAACUAGGUUCAGCCUUGCACGACACUACGCCCGCACAAGGCUCACUUAUGAAGAGUGAUGGGCAAGACGAACCUGAGCCAGAGCAAAGAGCUAUUCUUGAUCUACUUAUCAAUGAUCGUCCGGUGAGCUUCACCCUCUAUACCAACCCGGUAUUCAUCGCGGCACCAGCAUGUAUAGAUGGACCCCAUGCUGUCCACCAGCAAGAUCUUCCCAAGAUGCAACACAUUCUGAGGCCGAGUCAACUUCUAGACCACGUUCACACUGACAAGAGGGUGCUCAUCAUUGACGCUACUGGGAAGGGAGAAUGCGAGCUAGUAGCGCGAGCAUGGUGCUCUCAGAAUGGACAACAUGCUAUCAUUAUGGAGAUAGCAAGUACCGCAAUUGGGGUGGUCGGGUUGGCGGCUCUCUUUAGUACUUGCAUAGAGACCCUGGAUACACUCGCCGCGGCUGCAAGAUACAGCGUCGAUCGUGAGAUCCUCCAGACAAAGAUUGAAGUCGAACGGCUACGACUUAUUAUCUGGGGAGAGUCUGCAGGGCUGACGAAUAUCGACCCUAAUCGACCCGAAGAUGAGACUGCCAAUGACCUCGACCUUCUCGACGAAUCCCUCCGAGGCGCCGCCCUGCGACCGGCUGUGGCAGGCCUUUUAGCCUGCUUCGCCCACUGUAUUGAUGACGUCGAACAGCUGCAGAGCCGAUAUGGCCUGGUAGCGCAGAAGGAAAGUCAAGAGAAGGAAAGUAUAGCGGCGUCGACAGAAGCACCAAGGCGACAGAUGCUCCUCACCACCUUCCAGAAAACGUACGCGCGAUUCCAGCAACGUACAUUGAAAGUCCAGGAGGAGAGCUCGCCUUUGAAAAAAGCCAGAUGGGCUGUGACAGAUGAACGCAAGUUUCGCGCCCUUACUGCGGAGCUAAAAGCCAUCAAUGACUCGCUAGACUCGCUCCUCCCAGCCAUCAGGGACAAGACACGGGUGAAGAUGCGCACUGGCAUUAUGCGAAGCAAUGAUGUGGAUCAACUGCAAAACCUCGUCACCGCUGCUGAUGAGGUGACAGAGCUUAUCGCCGAAACAGCGAGCUUGAGACUUGAGAUGCUGUCUACGACAGGUCACCCAGGAGCCGUGAAACCAACUCUGAAGAGUGUCCAGGUUACAGCUGCGUCAAGAGGCUCGACAGAAAAACGCCUGAACGGUCCAUCUACCCAGUUCCCGUUACCAGGGGUUCAAUCUGUCGUACAGGACCUGAUUGCGGCCACCGUCGAUGUUCCGCCGAGUUCUUCUUCUGCGUCUACAGCGCCAGCAGGCGACCUCUAUGAUGAUACCGGAGCACUGGUGAUCCACAAAGCCUUUUACAAACCCGACAGCCUAGCAUGCUUUUCUUGGCUCGUCGGGCUCGGGGAGACUCCAGAGCUGGCGGAAGCUGAGCCAGUGCCUGACGCAGCAUUCGAUUUGCAAUAUAUCCCAGACCUUGUGGCAAUCGUUGCAGAAAAUCUGUUAGAGGUGGACAUCGCCGCCGACAGAAAGUAUGCCGGGUGGUCUCCUGGAUCAGUCUCCUUAACUGGCUUUGCCCGAGAAGCCACCUUCUGGAGGAAGGCGCCAGACCUCGAAAAGAGAGGGAAACCUCCCAGCUGGCAGCGAGUCACCUCAAAGCAGAUUCGCAGUGACUUUAUCGACGAGAGGUGGAAGAAGCUGGUGGAAGAAGGCCUUGGAGAUGACUUUACAGACCAAAAGGGCUACGAGGAGGUGCGGGAGCUGAUCGGUCCCAGCGAUUACACAUGGCUUGAUCCAGAAGAGGGUUUCAAGCUGCGGCAUCAGAUCACCGACCUACUCGGGGCCCUAAGCAGCUCGACAUUACCCAGCUUCGAGGUAAACGGCAGCAUUGCUCUUCUUGCAUUUUACGAGAAGAUUGAUCCAAACUCGACUUUUGGAUUUGCCGAUUUCAUGCGGCAGUUGCUCGUCGCUCGCGAGUUGACACUGCGAAUCCAGCGAGCCGAUAAACGCUGGUAUGGUGGAAUCACCACUCGAGUUCUUUAUGACAUGAUAACGGCCGAUCUAUGGGCACGAAACAUGGAGAUCAACCCCGCUGGAGGCUAUGGGGUACCUAAACUCGUGACUCAACGGCAGAUGCAUGGCAUCAUCAAGUUUGUCACCGAGAUGCAGUGGCCCUAUGCAGACGAGGUCCGCAAGACUGCCAACGAUCUGCUUAACGCACAGCCCUACGAAGUCAACGUUGAUGUGCGUGUCCAUGACUGGAUGAGUGGACUGGUCUUUCCAGGCGCUCAUUUCCCCCUUAACCUCGUUGGUGUUCUCUAUCAGCUCUCGUCGACCUUGCGAGCCCACAUGCCGACCGAUAUCGUCAAGGUUCGCGAAGGAAACUUCGGCAUCGUGUAUCCCGAGGCGUCAUAUUGGAAUGUCCGCUCUGUGCUAGGCAAGGUGCUGGCACCACUGUCUGGAGAUCAGGAAACAGGCCAUCCCAAGGUUCGUUGUUUAGGUGGCUGGGUUGGGCCCUGUCUUUCGCCCUCUCUGCCUGAAUGCAGACUUGGCAUCACUGUUUCUUUGUCGACACGGCAACCUCCGUAUGCCCCACUAGAUCUGGACUCUGGCGUUGGAGAUGCAACUGAAACGACCUGGUCAAGGGAAAGUAACCAUGGUGAUGGCGGCGAGUGGACGCUACCAACGCCUCCUGAACUAUCCCUUGAUACGGUCGCAGUCCAAACUAUUCGCCUCUCCAGGGUGCCGAAAGCCGAUUUGAGCGCCAAAGAUGCACUGUAUUAUUCUGCACGCAUUGACUUUCGCCUGAGUCGCAGUUGUACCUUUAUAACGUUCACGCUCUACACCAACAGUGUGUUUAUUGCCGUACCACCGUGUCGGGGCAGUCAUAAGAUAGACCCACGCGCGGCAGGCCGCUACACAUUCGCGGUGCGAGGAAUUGAGGAACUCUCGCGUAUCUCCAAAAAGGGUGAUGCCGCUGCUAGGAUGGCAAUCCUUGUUAUAAACGCCACGGGGGAACCUGCCAGUGAAGUAUUUGCGCGUGCAUGGUGCUGUCAUACUGGAACUAAUGCUGUGAUCUGGAGGCGCGAAGGAGGCAAAUGCUGUUUUAAAUGUGCAUUGAUGGUUGCAUCCACAGAUGGUUUAGGAACAGGGGUUUUGAUUGCUUGCUAG